CUGACCCAGGAUCAGCCCAGGUGUGGAGUGUGUGAGCAGCUACUGAGGGACCCAGUCACCACCAGCUGUGGACACAGUUUCUGCAGGCAGUGCAUCAGCAGCUACUGGAGCCAGUCUGGUAUAUCAGGAGACUACAGCUGCCCCCAGUGCAGAAGGAGACCCAGGACACAACCCAUUACAAACCUUGACACAACUCAACCACUGUACCCACCUACAGCCAUGGCACAACCUCACUUAUACCCACCUACAGCCAUGGCACAACCUCACCUAUACCCACCUACAGCCAUGGCACAACCUCACCUAUACCCACCUACACCCAUGGCACAACCUCACUUAUACCCACCUACAGCCAUGGCACAACCUCACCUAUACCCACCUACAGCCAUGACUCAACCUCACCUAUACCAGCCUGCAGCCAUGGCACAGCCUUUGUCAUACCAACACAGUGAAAUGGCACUUCAUCUGAACCCAUCUGAAAACAUGGCACAAGUUCCUCCAUUCCCACACACAGACAUGGGGCAGCGUCCUCAGUACUCAAACUCAGCCAUGGACCAGCAUCAUUAUCCACACAUCCAGCACCCGCUUUAUCCACACAUCCACACGGCACAGAUCUCUCCACAGCCUCCCUUAGAUGAGCACACAGUCAUGAGAGGCAGCACCCAUCUACAAACUGAGCAUGAUCCAGUCAAAAGGGCCAAACUAACAGAUGACCAUGUCCUGACCAGAGUACUGAUGACCCAUAAAGCCAGCAUGAAGAGGAGGUUUGAGAACAUAUGUGAAGGCAUCAUAAGGUCAGGGACUCAAACACUCCUGAACAAGAUCUACACAGAGCUCUACAUCACAGAGGGAGAGAAUGAAGGGGUGAAUAAUGAGCAUGAAGUUUGGCAGGUAGAGUCAGCAUCCAGGCCACAAACUACAGAAGACACAGCAAUCAACUGUAAUGACAUCUUCAAGCCCUUGCCUGGACAGGAGAGACACAUCAGAACUGUCAUGACCAAGGGGAUCGCUGGCAUUGGAAAAACAGUCUCAGUCCAGAAGUUCAUCCUUGACUGGGCAGAGGAGAGAGCUAACCAGGAUGUAGAUUUCAUGUUUGUGCUUCCAUUCCGUGAGCUGAAUUUGGUUAAGCAUGAUCAGUACAGUCUUCACAGGCUCCUGCUUGACUUCCACCCUGAGCUUAGAGAGCUACAGGAUGCUGAAUACAAAGACUGCCACAUUGUGUUCAUCUUUGAUGGUCUGGAUGAGAGUAGACUUCCACUGAAUUUACAAGGGAACCAGACAUUGUCUGAUGUAACACAAACAUCAUCAGUUGAUGUGCUGAUGACGAGCCUCAUUCAGGGAACUCUGCUUCCCUCUGCUCUCAUCUGGAUAACCUCCCGACCAGCAGCAACCAGUCAGAUCCCUUCUCAGUGCAUCAGUCUGGUGACAGAAGUACGAGGGUUUAAUGACCCACAGAAGGAAGAGUACUUCAGGAAGAGGAUCAGUGACCAGAAUCAAGCCAACAGAAUCGUCUCACACAUUACAGCAACCAGGAGUCUCCACAUCAUGUGCCACAUGCCAGUCUUCUGUUGGAUCUCAGCCACUGUCCUUCAGCAGAUACUGGAACAGGAUGAUGGGAAGGAAGCCCCCAAAACACUGACUGAAAUGUUCAUACACUUCCUGCUUAUCCAGACCACUAGAAAGAACCAGAAGUAUCAAGAGGAAAAUGAGACAGAUAGACAGAGGCUCCUGGAUUCACACAAGGGUGUCAUAUUGAAACUGGCAGAGCUGGCUUUCAAGCAUCUGGAGAACGGCAAUCUCAUGUUCUAUGAGGAAGACCUGAGAAAGUGUGGCAUUGAUGUCAGUGAAGCCUCAGUGUACUCUGGCAUGUGCACUGAGAUCUUCAGGGAGGAAUGUGUGUUUCAUCACAAGAAGGUCUACUGCUUUGUCCAUCUGAGCAUCCAGGAGUUUCUUGCUGCACUUCAUUUGUUUGCCUCCUACUUAAGUAAGAACAUGAAGGUCCUGAAACUAUUUCUUAGCAGAAAGUCAAAGUCUUUGCUAGAUUUGCCUCUAGAUGAGUUGCUGAAGAAAGCAGUGAACAAAGCUUUGGAAAGCAAGAAUGGACACCUUGAUUUGUUUGUGCGCUUUCUUCAUGGCAUUUCUCUGGUGUCAAAUCAGAGACUUUUGCUUGGCCUCCUGACACACACACACAGCAGCCCAGAGAGUGUGAAGAAAACAAUAAAGAACCUGAAGGUGAUGCAGAGACCAAAUAUCUCCCCUGAGAGGUGCAUCAAUCUGUUCCACUGCCUGGUGGAAAUGCAUGACUCUUCUGUUCAUGAUGAAAUCCAGGCUUUCCUGAAGGCAGAGAAAGGUGCCGUGAAACAGCUCACACUGGCUCACUGCUCAGCCUUGGCUCAUGUGCUUCUGAUGUCUGAUGAGGUGCUGGAUGAGUUUGACCUGAACAAAUACAAAACCUCUCCAGAAGGUCGCAGGAGACUGGUUCCAGCCGUGAGAUGCUGCAGAAAGGCCCUACUUGCUGGGUGUAAAUUAACAGAGAAGUCCUGUGAGAUUGUGGCCUCAGCACUGCAGUCUGCAAACUGCCCCUUAGGAGAGCUGGACCUGAGUCAGAAUGACCUGCAGAAGUCAGGAGAAAAACUGGCCUCUGCUCUUCUGAGUCCAAACUGCGAACUGGAGACACUGAGACUUGUUGGCUGUAAACUAAAAGGGGGAUUUUUGGCCUUGGCUCACCAGGGGGCAAACCCCCACCUAAGAGAGCUGGACAUGAGUGACAGUGAGCUUCAGGACUGUGGAGGAGAACUGCUGCAUCAACCACUGAAUGAAGACUGUAAAGUGAGACUUACCAGGUGUAAACUCAAGCACAGCUCAUAUGAAGCCGUGGUCUCAGUCCUGCAGUCAUAUCAUUCUCAACUGAGUGAGGUGGACAUGAGUGGCUGUGAUCUGCAAGCAUCAGAAGAGAAGCUGCUCACUUGUCUUAGAAACUCCAACUGCCACCUGGAGAAAUUGAGGCUCAAUCUGUGCCACCUCUCUAAAGCAAGCUGUGAAAUGAUGGCAUCAGUGCUGCAAAGUGCAUCUUCCCAACUGAGAGAACUGGACAUGAGUAACAAUGACCUGCAGGAUGAAGGAGUGGAGCUGCUCUGUGCAGGACUAAGAGAUCCACAAUGCAAGCUGGACACACUGAGGCGUUUUGCUUCUUAA